AAUAACACCCGAACAUUGAUCUCUCUCAUCUCCACACCCAUAGCAGUAAAUCCUUGUAGCCUCUUCAUCCAAAAGUUUCUGUUCAACCCUGUUGUUGAAGCUCAUCUCUUCCUUGUGCCACCACAUUGCCUGUCGUCGUACAGAUACUAAGGGUAAGGCCAAGGCCUAGGAAGAUGAUGAGGGAGUGGAACGUGUGGCAAGAUGAGUUAACGGGAACGACCUUGGCGGCUUUUUGCUAGAUAUUAAUUUGUUUCAGUAUUUCAGUGUUAUAACAAAAAGAUUAUUAUUAUUUUAGUCUAUUUGAGAAUUUGAUUUUUUAAUAAAUUCCUGGAUCCAGGUGGUUAUUACAUUUGUUGGUGAUAACUAUUUUAUUAAGUUUUUAUUUGGAGUUAUUUUAGUUAUAUCUUAGAUUUUAUCAGGGUUAUUCUUAAAUAGACGGCCGUUAUAUUGGAGUUAUUUUUAAAAGUAGUACGUUAGUGUAACGUUUCCUUUAACCCUGAGAGGGGCGUUACAUUUAUGGCUAGCUGAAGUAGUGGGUUGCUCAUUGGUAGAGGUGGAGGGUUGGUUUGGUUUUGAGGGUUGGCUAGUAGAAGCAACAUGCUCAAGUAUCCGCUGGCGCUUGUUCUCCCCCUCAUGAGAAUCCGAAUCAUCAGGAUCCUCAUGUGAACGUUUAGUGCCACGGAGACUUUCACGGCAUGUGUUCUGUGUAUCUAGAGCAUGGAGAAGGGCUUUUUGAAGAGGGGUGAGGUUGCCUGCCUUCUUCCACGUCUAGUAUACGGUCGUAGAUCUCAGCUACAAGAUCCUCGAAGGGUACGGUGGUUAGGUUAGGUUUGGUCGUUGUAGGGGAGAAUACUAGUUCUGUAUCCUGGGUUCCCCUUGAUGUGGAUGGUUGUUGGCUUUCUAUGGCUAUAAAUAUUAUUGUUACUAGUAUAAUAAAAGAUAAUAACAAUAAUAAUGAUGACAAUAAUAAUAAUCUUUAUCCUUCCUUCCAUGCAUUCUCUCCAUGUAUUGCUGGUUUGAAGGGGUAGUGGCCAGUGGGUGAUCAGCUGUUUUUUAUAUUGUCUUUUAUUUCAUGUGAAAAGGCUGUUGCAGAAGAUCCUGAAGAUGCCAUUCAUUGGCACCAACUUGGCCUUCAUUUUCUCUGUACCCAGCAGUUUAAAAUGUCACAGAAGUACCUCAAGACUGCAGCUGCAUGCCUUAGGAGCUGCUAUGCCUGGUCAAAUCUUGGUAUCUCAUUGCAACUAUCAGCUGAGCCUUCAUGUGCUGAAGAUGUAUAUAAACAAGCUUUGUUAGUGGCUACCCCUCAACAAGCUCAUACAAUAUUUUCCAACCUGGGUAAUCUCUAUCGUCAGCUAAGAGAUUUUGAGUCUGCCAAGGCAAUGAUAACAAAGUCUCUUGAACUGCAACCCGGUUAUGCACCUGCAUAUAACAACUUAGGUCUUGUUUUUGUUGCUGAGGGCAAGUGGGAUGAUGCAAAGUUCUGCUUCGACCAGGCAAUCCUGCAUGAUCCACUACUGGAUUCAGCCAAGUCCAACAUGAUUAAAGCCAUGAACAUGCAGAGGAUGUACACCAGCAUGUCCUCGUAUCUAUGAUUUGUAAAUUGUGUUAGACUUGAAAAAUGAUAUUUGCCAUGUUGUACGUAAAAUAGGAGUCAGGUGAAGUACAUUGGUUUCUUGCACAUAUAGAUCGGUUCCUGUAAUCCUGUACCGGAACUGGGGAGUAAAGUGCAUGAUCUGGAACCAUUACUUAGAAUUCGUUCAAGCUGGGUAGAAUCCGGGUUUUCAUGUGUUCAUACCCGGGACUGGUCAGCAGCUGGCCUGGGUUCCCAUCUAGGGAUGGACCGUGAUGGGACCGAGCCGGGACUGGGCGGGCUUCGGGCUUAGAGAUUUCAGGACUGGUACCGGCCCAGGUUUGUAACGGGACCGGGUCAGGUCGGGCCGGGCCCAAACAGUACCGGGUCGGGUUGGGCAUUGGGACGGGGCUGGGCAUUCAAUUAAAAAAAUAGUGCAGUCAGGCCCGGACCGGGCCCAAAAAAUCAAGCCUGAAGCCUUCCCUUACAGUCACCGGGCUGGGCCUAAGGCCGGUCCUAAACAAUAUCGGGUCGGGCUGAGCCAUCCCAGUCCAUCCCUAUUCCCAUCCCAUUUGGAUAUUUUUUAGGCUUUCAAUGGCUAAUUAUGUAAGUGUAACGUGAUUGAUACAUCAUGUAUGGAGUAUAUUAUAUUUAUCCUCAUUUCAGUACAUUAUUUAUUAAAAUUGCAAACAUUAUUUGUC